AUGCGUGUUUCUACUCUCCACAGCCUGCUCGCCCUUGCGGUGGCAGCGCAGGCUGCCCCGACGCGCGGCGGCAGCGAGUUUGCCAAUUUGAAAGCCCACAUCAAGAACGUCGUCAUCCUGGUCAUGGAGAACCGCUCGCUUGACAAUCUCCUGGGCGGACAGAAGCUGAAGGGCCUCGACAACCCCAUCCAGAAGGGCCCGUUCUGCAACCCGUACAAUCUGACCAACCCGGCCGCCGGCUCGGUGUGCUCCGCCGCCAACGACUUUGACUCCAUUACCGAUGAUCCGGACCACGCCGUCUAUGGCAACAACAUUGAGUUUUACGGCACCUUUACGCCGGACAACAACGCCAUUGCGUCCGGCCACCUGACGCCCACCCAGAAGGGCUUCGUGCAUGAGCAGCUCCGUCUCUACAGCUCCAAGGCCAACCGGUCCACGCUGGCCCAGCAGGUCAUGAACUACUACACCGAGGAGCAGGUGCCCGUGCUCACCGCGCUGGUCAAGAACUUCGUGACCUUCAACCACUGGCACUCGGCCAUUCCCGGCCCCACCGACCCCAACCGUCUGGCCCUUGUUUCGGGCAGCUCCUAUGGUCACGGCUCCAACGACGCCUCCUUCACGGCCAAGGGCUUCAACCAGAAGUCCAUCUUUCAGUCGCUGACUGAGGGUGGCUACCACUGGAGGAACUACCAUGACCCCGCCGGCGGCACCGGACCCGAGGCCUCGUGGUUCCAGUGGACCUACGAUGCCGGCCUGGAGGGCAACGUCGUCGACAUCUCACAGUUCUUCGUCGACGCUGCUGCCGGCAACCUCACCUCGCUCAGCUUCAUCAACCCUUCGUGCUGCGGCGUCGGCACCACCUCGAUGCACCCCUCCGGCCUGAUCUCUGCCGGCGAGGCCCUCAUCAAGCAGGUCUACGAGGCCCUGCGCGCCGGCCCCCAGUGGGAGCAGACGCUCUUCAUCCUCACCUUCGACGAGACCGGCGGCUUCCACGACCACGUGCCUCCCCCGCUCGCCCCCAGGCCCGACGACCUGACGUACACGGCCAAGACGCCGUCGGGCGCCAACUACACCUUCCCCUUCAACCGCCUCGGCGGCCGUAUCCCCACCCUCCUCAUCUCCCCCUGGGUGAGCAAGGGCUACGUCGAGCAGCAGCACGCCAACUCCGCCGGCCAGGUCGUCUCGUACUCGGCCACCUCCAUCCUGCGCACGCUGGGCUACCUCUUCGACUUCGAGCCCUACAAUCCCCGCGUCGAAUGGUCGCCCUCGUUCGCGCACCUCAUCAACUCGCGCGCGCGCAACACCCCGAAGAAGCUCCCUGCGGCUAAUCCCUUCAAGGAGUGA